AUGCUGUUAACCUCUCCGCUAACCCUCCAAUUCAAAUCCCUCUCGCUCUCCACCCCAUUUCUCCAUGGCGGCGGCGGCGGCGGCGGAGCACCGUUGUUCAAUCCCGGAACCUCCUUCGCCGUGCCGCGGCCGCCGCCCUCCGCCGUUCGCCCCGUCAUCAGGGCGAUGAGGACACUGCAGGGGAAGGUCGUCUGCGCCACCAGCGACAAGACUGUGGCGGUGGAGGUCGUACGCCUGGCCCCUCAUCCCAAGUACAAGCGCCGCGUGAGGAAGAAGAAGAAGUACCAGGCCCACGACCCGCUGAACCAGUUUAAGGUUGGGGACCUUGUCCAGCUCGAAAAGUGCCGGCCCAUCAGCAAGACCAAGACUUACUGGGCCGUCCCGGCCCCGCCGCGGAACAGGUCCAAGCCCAAGGAGGGAGCCGAGGCGGAGCCGCCCAAGGAGCUGGGGAUCCCAUUGGAGUCGGAGAGCUGA